AUGGUUAUGGACGAGCUCAGAAGGGCGCUGGCGCUGCUAAGUAGUCAAGGAUUCGAGUUUACGGUAUUCGUGAAACAGAAAGACCCUUUACGAUGCGAAUCGGUUGAAAAGGACUUCUCUCCAGAAAGUUUCACAUCACCUUCAAUUGAAAGGGACCCCAGACUAGCAUUCAACCCGCUAGUAAACAGGAGAAAAAUAACUGUAUAUGAAGCGAAUAUCCAGCCGACAAUGGUACUGCAGCUAGAUCAGCCCAUAUCAAUUCGGAAUUAUUUGUGCACAGCGUUCAAGCUAUUGAGGCAGGUGCCGUGCAAGGCAAUCGCCAAGCUGUGGAUAAAAAUAAUUGAGCCAAGGAAGAAGACAAGGUUCCCAUACAUUAAAGGGGAUGCCAAAAAACCGGUGUGGUGGCCCAAAGAUGUAGAGCAUAAGGAGCCAGAUCACCUUCACAAAGCGGACCGAUUGAACCUGAUGUGCACCAUAAUAGCGGACGUCCUGCCGCAAAUGCCCAACGGCCGCGAGAUUCUGAAUGAGCUCCUAAGAGUGACAGUAGCGAUGAUCAUUUUCAAAAAGGAAAAUGUGAAGAGAGUGAUCAUAAAGAAUGUUUUUGAGGUGGCAAAAUGCUUGUGCGAUAAAGAUUUUAAGCAUGAAACCUUAACGCUUGCGGAUUUAAAUGAUUUGGCCCAAAAACAGAAAAAAAGGUGUUAUCGUCAUCCACUGAAUGUCAACGAAUUGGUCAGCACAGAAGAAGAUUUGCCACAACAGCCAAGUGAAAGCAAUUUUUUGAGGUCUCUUCAAAUAGAAAAAAAUGACACAGCAUAUCUAUCCAGGGAACACUCAAGAUGCCCUGUAUCUGAAAGUUACCAGAAUAAAACAUACCGACCAAAAAGCGUGCCCGAUUUUGAUCCUCUCUUCCUUAUCAAAUUGGAUGAUUUGAAUGACAGCGAUUCACUGUAUAGCAGUGAUGAUCCUGGAAUUUCUUUUUUGAAAAACUCAGAAUAUGUAGAAAGAUUUUGA